UCGUUUGAUAGGGAGAUUAGCGAGAGGAAGGGGAAAAGAGAGAGAAAGAGAGAAAAUAUACGCUAAAAUUACGUGCGUAAUGAAAAUUGAAGUACGUAAAUGCAAAAAUAUGUACAUAUAAUGUAUCUUAUGACAAAGUUUUAUAUACUUAUGAAUUAUAAAUGAAGUUUAUUUAUGGCAUACGUUCUUCUUUUGCUCUCUUUACGAGAAAUGUGCUAUGGAACUUAUUUAACCUAACUUGAGUUCUAUUAUUGUGAGCUCACCCUCGCCUUUAUCUGUUACCUCUAUCUCUCUCAUCAAACUUUGAAAUAAUUUUGACAGUUCGUCUCGACAUUCGACUCGUAUUGUAUAUUGUAAAAAUAUUGCAUCGACAAAGAUUCAAAAACAACGAUGGAAUCCACAUCUAGCAAAGAGGAGCAGAAUAAUCCGGAAGAUUCAGAUUCUUCAGAAAUGGAUGAAAUAGAACCCAGAUUGAAAUAUGUACGAAUACGUAAUGAUUUGGAACAUAUUCUGCAGAAUGAUGCUGCUAGUUGUAUUGCUGUGCAUCCAAAGUUUCUCUGUCUGGGAUCACAUUGGGGAAUGAUCCAUCUUUUAGAUCAUCAGGGUAAUAAUGUAAAAUCCAAAACAUUACAGGCACAUACUGUAGCAGUUAAUCAGAUCUCCAUAGAUCAUAAUGGAGACUUCAUCGCUUCUUGCAGCGAUGAUGGAAAAGUUUUCAUUUAUGGAUUAUAUAGUACAGAGGACAAUCACAAUAUGAGCAUGGGCAGACUAGUUAAGAGCAUAGCAAUUGAUCCAAAUUAUUAUAAAAGUGGCAGUGGCAGAAGAUUUAUUACAGGUGAUGACAAAUUGGUGCUCUAUGAGAAGAUUUUUUUGGCCAGGAUGAAGCCAACAGUACUCUGUGAAGCAGAAGGUGGAGUCAAAUCCGUAGCAUGGUCUGGUCGCUUUGUGGCAUGGGCCUCUGAUACUGGUGUGAGAGUCUAUGAUCUUGAUGCUAGAUGUUCAUUGGGACUCAUCAAAUGGUCCCGUACCCCAGAUACAUUGCCAGAGCACUAUAGAUGCAAUCUACAGUGGUCAGACAGCAAGACAUUGUUGAUUGGAUGGGUGGACAUUGUACGCAUUUGUCAUAUUAGGAAACGUACUAUGCAGGAGAUGGUGAACCGAGAUUUACCCGAGUUUGUGGUAGAUCCAGUAUCAACGUUUCAAGUAGAUUUUUAUAUAUCGGGUAUAGCACCAUUAAAAAAUCAAUUGGUAUUAUUGGGGUGCCUCAAAGAGCUAGACGAAGAUGGAAAAAAUCAACGUCCAACUCUGCACGUGGUUGAACCAAAAUACCAAGAUUUUUCAGUGCUUUGUGCAAAUUCACUUACUCUACGUGGCUACAAAGAGUAUAGCUGUAAUGAUUACCAUUUGGAUUGUUUGAAGGAGGAAAACAGGUUUUUUAUUGUAAGUCCAAAGGACAUUGUGGUAGCCAGUUUAUACGAUACAGAUGACAGAAUCGAGUGGUUGUUGAGCCAUGGGAAAUUUGAGCAAGCUUUGGAAGCAGUAACAACGAAUAAUGGCAAGGAUUGCAAGAGGCACACUGUAUUAGACGUGGGACGAAUUUAUUUGGAUCAUUUGUUAGCAUACGAGAAAUACGAUGAGGCUGGAAAACUUUGUCUCAAGAUUCUAGGACGAAAUAAAAAAUUGUGGGAGGAAGAGGUUUACAAAUUCGCCAGAAUGCAUCAAUUACGUUCUAUUUCGUCAUAUUUACCUCGAGGUGAUGUCACCCUUGAUCCACUAGUGUAUGAGAUGGUGCUGUAUGAGUAUCUAAAAAUGGAUCCCGAUGGUUUCUUGCAGUUAGUCAAAGAAUGGUCUCCAAGCUUAUACACAGUGGCGGCGGUAGUUAAUGGCGUAUUGGAGCACUUACUAGUCCACAAUCAGCGACAGAAUGUAUUAUUGGAAGCAUUAGCUAUUUUAUACAUUCAUGAUGGCAAAUAUGAUAAAGCUCUCGCCAUGUAUUUGAAGCUACGUCACAAAGACGUCUUUCAGCUGAUUCAGAAGUAUCAGUUGUAUAAUUCCGUAUAUGAUAUGAUCGAAGGUCUGAUGGAUCUGGACACGGAGCGUGCCAUACAAUUUUUUCUGGAAAAAGACAGGGUAGCGUCUGAUGUCAUUGUACAGAAAUUGCAGCAUAAUCAUCGUUAUUUAUACUUGUAUCUAGAUGCCUUAGACAAGAGAGAUACUAAAGACUCCAAGGGCAAGUAUCAUGGCUUACUAGUGCGAUUAUACGCUGAUUAUUCGAGAGACAAGUUAUUGCCGCUUCUACGUCGCUCUGAUAAUUAUCCAAUACAACAAGCUCUGGAUAUCUGUAGCCAGCGUCAGUUUUAUCCGGAAAUGGUAUACUUAUUGGGCAGGAUAGGAAACACUUCUGAAGCUUUGGCGCUUAUGACGAGAGAACUCGACGAUAUGGAGAGUGCGAUUGCGUUUUGUCAAGAACACGAUGACGAGGAACUAUGGAACGAUCUAGUUAAUUAUUCGCUUGACAAACCUACGGCAAUUACGUUUCUUCUUCAAAAGAUUGGCACCUACGUUGACCCCCGACUUAUGGUACAAAGGAUAGAACCUACUUUGGAAAUUCCAGGGUUGAAAAAAGCAUUGGUCAAAAUGAUGUGUGAUUAUAAUCUGCAAGUGUCUGUGCAAGAAGGUUGCAAAAAAAUACUGUCUAAUGAUUAUUUCAAUCUCCAUGAACGACUUGUUCGUUGUCAACAGAAAGGCAUAUUUGUCGAUGAUGAUCAAAUGUGCGGAGCUUGCCAUAGGAAGAUAAUUGUAAGAGAGCUGCGGAAUAUAGUUGUAUUUUAUUGUAAGCAUUCUUUUCACGAAGAUUGUCUGCCCAACUUUGAAUUCGUUGAAAAUUGUGUGAUAUGUAACUCGCAGGAGAUGAUGCUUGGCAGAAAAUGAUAAAAGUAAUUGCAUCUCAUUAUGUGACAUGUGCAAUAUCCAAAGUUCAAAGUGGAUUAAAGUGUCAUAUUUCAUUGAGUGACUAAGAUUAUGUUUUGCACACGCUAAUGUAUAAACAAAUUUUUAUAUAAUAAAUAAGUUGAAGUUACUUACAAAAGAAA